GCUUGUCCAUUUUUCUAAAGGACAUCUGUUCGUGCUUAAACAUGAAAACGCUGCGUUUAAUGUAAUUUAAUUCUUUGAAGAAAAUCGGGAAAUCAAAAGCUCUCGUCUUCCUCACGUCUACUUCUCUACGGCAAUAGCCAUCCAUUUUAUAUAUUCUUCGUCUCCAUCAAUCACCAGUUUCUUCUCUGCUUCGUUUCUCCCGACCCUACUCCUUCCCUUAAUCAUUUCCUUUCAUAAAUAUAUAUAUAAAGAAUCCCCAAAUCCAUAUCAAAACCCUAUACUCUGCAACUCCUCUUCACUGCGCAUUAUCGCACAGCCGUCGCCAAACAGCCUCGGCGGACGCAGACAUACUCUCCCGACAAGUGUCCCAGCGAACAACCUGUUCCUGGGUGUCAUCUGAAAGCUUGAAGCUUGGGGUUUAAUUGGUUGCUUCGAUUAUGCUAAUCUCUAGGCUCUCAAAGAUUGGUUUUAGGAUCGUUAAAGAGCUCCCGAGAGGAACAUGUACAUCCCUUAAUAGAGGAGCAUUAAUCCAGAGGAAAUGUGGUCAAUACUUGCAACCUCAGAAUGGAUUAUGGGGAGCAGAAAAGGUAUUCCAGAUUGCUGCAUGUCAGAGGCAUCGGUAUUUUUCGACCACACCUAGUAAUAAUGGUUUGACUCAGGAAGGGAAUCAAGAGAAGGAAAUGAUAUCUGUGACUUUUGUUGACAAGGAAGGAGAGGAAAAGAAUAUCAAGGUUCCAGUUGGAACGUCUAUGUUAGAAGCUGCUCAUGAAAAUGAUAUAGAACUUGAAGGAGCAUGUGAAGGCUCACUUGCCUGUUCAACAUGUCAUGUGAUUGUUAUGGAUGUAGAAUACUACAAUAAGUUAGAUGACCCAACUGAUGAGGAGAAUGACAUGUUGGAUCUUGCUUUCGGCCUUACAGAAACGUCUCGGCUUGGAUGCCAAAUUGUUGCACGGCCUGAGCUUGAUGGCAUUCGCUUAGCAAUCCCUGCCGCCACCCGGAACUUUGCAGUUGAUGGAUAUGUUCCGAAACCACACUAGACAACAAAAUUUUUUUAUUUGAGUAAAAGAACACACGGCCAUCCCCAGUUUUGUAGCUUUUUUAUUGGAUCAGAAGAUCAUCUAUGAUCUGUUUCUCUAUUUUUUUUUUAUUGUAUCGAUAAUUGAUUACUAGGCGCAGAUUAAAUCAACCCUAUACCACCUCAGUUAUUGAUCAAGUUAUGUCAAAGGGAGGGUAUUUUCCCCACCUUUACAGUGUGCUAGCUUAUCUUCGCGCACUGUCAUUGGUUUGAUCAAAGCAAUGUCUCAAGCAAAAAAAUUUUCUCCUUUCAAGUGUGCCGGUUUUCCUCCA